ACUACCUGUUUUGUCCUGAAUGUAACCAAAGUGUGUAAAACAUGAAGUUUAAAUCCUAAUAAAUAAAUAAAUGUAUUGUUUUACUGCUGUAGGCUACAAAUUCAGGGGAAUUUAUGCAAUGAAGUCACUCUUGGUCUCCUUCUACAUCUUUCGUAGGUAAAUGAUUCAGGAAGUCAGGAUGUUGCUCAAUCUCUCAGUGUUUUACUGUAUAUAAGCAUCAGCAAACUCCAAACCAGAUCAGUUUCCAAAAAAGAAGCAAGAUGAAGCCGUUCUAUCAGCUCUGUUUACUGAUGGGUCUGGUGAUCCACGCCCACUCUGGUCCAGUAAAGCUGAAGCAAGAUGAAGAAUUUGCUAAGAAUUAUCUAAAGAAGUUGUACAACCUACAAGACGAUGAGAAGAAGUCGCCGCGUGGCCGCAGCGACAGUGAGAUGAACCUUAAGCUGGCUGAGAUGCAGGAGUUUUUCGGGUUGAAGGUGACAGGAAAUCUGGAUGCUGAAACUCUAGAGGUGAUGAAGAAGCCUCGCUGUGGGGUGCCAGACGUGGCCUUCUAUUCUGAUGGUCCUGUGAGCCACAAAUGGAACACCAACAAACUGACGUACAGGAUUGAGAAUUAUACCCCAGACAUGACUGUUGCUGAAGUGGACAUUGCUAUUGAGAGAGCACUAAAAGUCUGGGCUGAUAUCACCCCUCUGAGGUUUACCAGGAUCUACAGUGGCAUAGCCGACAUCAUGAUUUCUUUCGUCGUCGGAGAUCACCGCGACGGUUAUCCGUUUGAAGGACCAGGUGGUUUAUUGGCUCAUGCAUUUUUCCCCUCACCUGGCAUUGGUGGAGAUGCCCAUUUUGAUGAUGAUGAAAACUUUACCUUCAGAUCUUCGAAUGGAUACAACUUGUUCUUGGUGGCUGCCCAUGAAUUUGGACACUCCUUGGGCCUUGAUCAUUCCAGGGAUCCUGGUGCACUGAUGUAUCCAACAUACGUCUCCAGAGAUGCUGACACAUUCGUUUUACCCAGAGAUGAUGUUGACAGAAUUCAGGCUGUUUAUGGUUCAAACCCUGAAAAACCUGUAGACCCCGAGAAGCCAGUGCCCACACCUCCACAAACACCUAAUGCCUGCGACAAGAACCUGGUCCUAGAUGCUGUUACAACCCUGAGAGGAGAGACGUACUUCUUCAAGAACAGAUUGUUCUGGCGCAGUCGCCCUCAGAACCCUGACACUGAGCAAUAUCUGAUCAAAAGUUUCUGGCCAGAGCUUCCAGAUAAUAUUGAUGCUGCAUUUGAGGAUCCAGUUGAUGACCUGGUGUACAUCUUCAAAGGUCCCAAGGUUUGGGCUCUGAAUGGAUACAACGUCGUAGAUGGGUUUCCCAAGACUCUCAGCAGUUUCGGCUUUCCAGCUAAACUGAAGAAAAUCACGGCCGCACUUUAUGAUGAAAAUUCCGGCAAAUCACUUCUCUUCUCUGGAAGAUACUACUACAGCUUUGACAUGAGCAGCAAGGAAAUGGACAAGGGCUUCCCUAAACGAGUUGAGCAGAGCUUUUCAGGAAUCUCCGGACCAGUCACUGCAGGUUUCCAGUACAGGGGUUUCACAUACCUCUACAGUGGACCAGUCAUGUACGAGUUUGGCUACGGAAGGCUCCUGCGUGUGCUGGGAAACAACUAUUUCCUGCGCUGCUAGAUGCCCAUGAUUAUACACCACUCAGCCGAUGGAAAUCAAGCGAUUUAGGAAUGUAUUUUAUAAAUGAAAGAGUAAACUAUUCUAAUUUAUUCAUACAUUAGUGCAAUAAGUUAUUUAUAACUUAUUUAACGUAGUAAAAACUUAGUGUUACAUUUUAUUGUAUUUCUAUGUUUUUUUAAAUAAACACUUAAUAGCACAUUUGAA